AUGAAAAUCGGUAAGAUCUAUCUACCAUCUGAUUAAUUAUAUAUAAUGCUAUUCAAUUGUUUAACAUUGGCUUGUUUUAUAGUAUUUUUGUUGUCCGUUUUAAUUGGGUCUUUAUGCCUGUCAACGAGUAUUACUGUUGAUACUUAUUUGACAGACAGGGACAAAGCGCAACUAAAGAAUGUUCUGGUCGCAGGACUUGAAUCUGAAAAUGUAUCCAACAUUUUCUACGCUGUGGCGGGUUUAAAACUGCUUGAUCAAUCAAUCCCUAAUGUUCAAGUGAGUAUUCAUAAAAUAAUUAAUUAAUUAAAAUUCCAGUUCGAAUUUCAAACACGUAAAUUGGUUAGGAAAAACUAAUUUUAAUACCAGAAUAUUUUAGUAGAUCUUUCAUAUCAUAGCCAAUAUUUCUAUAGAUCACUAAUUUAAUAGUUUAUAAUUUAUUGAUUUUUAUUUAUAAUACCAUUCGAUUUUUUGGUAUUUGUUAGUCUGUACUAUUUAACAUACAAAACAUCAAAUAUCUAACAAUAAUAAUUUAAUAUCUAGGAUUUUCACCAAAUAUUUUCUAUUAGAUUACUAAAGAUUUCCUUGAUUUCCAAGCAUAUUUACACACAUAUAGUACACUGAUUUCCGUUAGUGAUUUAUCCUUUACAUAUACCUAUUAGAAUACAAUUAAAUUGCAAAGUAAAGGAAAUUGUAGUGAAAAUAACUAGAAAUACAAGGCAGGAAAAUAAUUGGAUUUUGAAUUUAACUUAUAGAGUUUAUUAUACAUUAUGCGUACAGCUCUGAGCAACAGUAUUUGUCCAAAAAUAUUUUCAGAAAAGUCGAACCUAAAAAUCACAUAAGAGUUGGUUAUUAUAAAUUAUAAUAUACCAAACUUGUCAUUUAGUAAAUCUAUAAAAGAAGUAGGUAAUCCUUGUUUAUAAGCAAGAAAAAUAAUCCAUCUAUAAUUAUGGUGGUCUGCAACUUGUAAAAAUUCUUUAAAUGGCUCAUAGUGUUAGAGGUUUGGAAAUACUGGUGCACUUGUCAGUGUUUCCCCAACACUAUAAUAUUGGUUACCGAAUCAGAAUUAAAUUAAUCAUGUACACAUUUAUUUAUUUUUUUUUUUUAAUAUUUUCUUUUGUUUUGUUAAUUUAGUUCGAAUAAUAAUUGUAUACCAUAGCAUAGGUAUGCAUUGAGUAUGUAUGAUUUAGUGUCUAAUUUUUAAUUGUAUGGUUUUAUUAGUUAAAAAAAAAUGUUUUUACUUAUAAAAAAAAAUAAUCAGCACGACUGUAAGUCCAUGGACUAAAAAUCCAUCUAAUUAAAUAUGCACUUAUGCAUUAAAAAUUGGUAAAAUUUAAAUUUAUGUGAACUGAAAUUCUAAAACUAAACACUUGAAAUAUGUACAAUAAAAAAAAUAAUUUUAAAGAAAAUUCUGUUCAUUAAAAAUUAAUUUUUUAAAAGUUAUAUUUUAUUUUGUUGUUUAAAAUAAAUUGAUUGAUUGUGUAAUGACGUGUAUUGGCAAAGGGUGGUAGUAGUAGCAAUUACAUUGUUUUUAUGGCAUUGCUGCAAAACAUAUAUUGUCACACAAUAAUAUAAAUAAGAUAGACUAAAAUGUUAUAAACUUAUUCGGAAUAGUAAAUAAGUUAUAAUAUUUUCCUGAAUGUAUCAAAAAUAUGCACUAAUUACUCCAAAAAUUGACUGUAUGUCAAAUAUUCCAAACUAUGCGAAAAUAUUUAUUAUUAAAUUUUAUAUUUUUAUUAUUAUUGUUAUGAAAACGAAUUUGUACCUCACUUAAAAUUUUUCAUAUUUGGCGAAAAAAACCUGUAUGAGUAUAAACUUCGACAUCUGAUAAUCUGUAUUAAUUUCUAAAAUAUCACCGUAGUAACGUUUAAUAUAAUUAAUAAAUGGUAAUUUACAAGUAUUAAUAAAAUGUAUGAGAAUGUACAAAAUGUUGAAAAUGUAUUUUAUAAAACGAUGGGAUAUUGUAGUUUACGUUAUGCCUGCUAUAUUUUAAAAUAAUAAAUUAUUAUGAGAUACCUUGUAUGGUGUAACACGUGGUUUUUGGUAUUGCUGUAUAAAUGAUUGUAACUUUGAAUACAGUUUAAGAAAACGAGUUAUUAAAGAUAAUUGAUAUGCGUGUUAUUUUUAUAUCACAAUAUCGCUAAGUUAGAAUAUUAUAUUUUUUAUAAUUUAACUGUAUAAAUAGAUUAAAUGUUAGGAUCAUCAUACAGAAAGAAGUAGAACUUGAAAUCACUAGUAUAAUAUUUCUUUUAUGUUAAUCUUUGAGUAAAUCAAAACAAGUAUUAGAAUAACCUAAUGCAAUUUUUUUUGUUUGGUUUAUUUAAUGCACUUUACGGGAGUAUUUUUAUAAAUAGGGAAUUGAAUAUAGAAAUCCAGCAAUAAUUUAUUUUGUAAAAUAAUUUAUUCAAAACCCUAAAAAUUGAAUAAAUUUCAACAAAAAGUGAGCAUGUAAUGACAUUUCAAAUUUCUAAAUUUAACUUAAUCAUUUUUUUAAGUAGAUUGUUAGAUUGUAACUUUGUAAGACAUUUACCACACCCAAAAUAGAGACCUAUUCUAGAUACAAUAUAUAUAUGUCUGAAGUUUUUAUGUAUUAACAUAAAUGUAAAUAAAUGUCUUUGCUACAAGAUCUAUUAGUCAAGUUUUAGUUUUUUUGGGUUUUUUGUCAAAUUUUCCAAGAAAAUGGAGAAUAUUACACCCUACAAUAUCCUUUAUAUAAACAUUUAUAGGUAUAUAUAUUUUAGGUAUAUUCUCCAAUUUUGGAUACUUUUAACAGCUCCCUUAAAUAAAAUGAUCUCAAAUUCAAGAAUCAAAGUUGUUUUGAUGUAUGGGGAAUUAAAAAGAUAAAAGUUGAAUUGAGAUAAAUUUCAUAUACUUAUUGUUGUGGUAGAGCUAUUUUUUAUUUUCGUACACCCCCUAAAAAUCUUCUAAAAUAGAGCUUGUAGGAUGUAUUUUUGUGUAUGCAUGGCGUAAUUAUCAAAGAUGUGCCUUAUUUUUUGGUUUAAACUUUCACCCCCUUCGACCAUUGCCUAUUUAUGAUCAUAUUUCAUAAUUGUUUUGGAAGUAGUAUAGUAUAUUAUUGUACAUUAUUUUACUAUUAUAUAAUUUAGUUAUUUUUUGUUUUACAAAGAAUAUUUCUAUAAUGCAUAACAGGUUAGAGGUAAUUUGACUCCAAUGAUGGAGCUCUGAUGCUCAUGGUUAUUUUUAUUUAUCAUUUCUUUAUAACAAAAAUAAACAAAUUUGAAAUAUGUAAUACAAUAAUAUAUGUGUUGUUAAUUAUUUAUAUAUGUAUGUAUUUAAUUUCUUUUUAGGGUAUAUGUAAUAAAUUGGUGAAAUUAGUUAGCAAAUCUAAAUCACUGGAUUCUGUGUAUUUUUCAACAAGUGCAUGGAAAUUAAUUGGUGUAUGUUCUGGCACAUUAGUUGUUGACGAAUCAGUUCAAGUAAUACAAAUUAUUAUUAAUAGAUUCUUGCAAUAUUUGACUUGAUUAAAUUAUUUCAUUCUUAGGAUGUGUAUGCUAUGCUGGAGAAAAAAGAUAUUAGAGACGUGCACAUGUCUGAUUUAUACUUUGGUGUCAGUGUUUUAAACAACCUCAAUCUUAAACCAAAGGAUAUUAGCAAACUUAUCAAUAUUAUUAAAAGGAAAAUGAAAUCUGAUGAUUCUAUUGCUGAGUAUGUCUUAUUAAUAUCAUCAAUAAAUUAAGUAUUAUUUAAACUACUAGAUAAUUAAUUUUUUUUUUUAGUUUUGGUUAUUCAAUACAUUUAUUGUCAAGUCUUGGUCCUGAUGGACGUUUUGCCUUCAAUCGUCUAUCUGAUGCGCUUAUGCAAGUUGAUCAAGUGGAUCGUAAAUACUUACAAUUUGAAGGAGGCUUGUCAAUUACUGGUAAAAUAUAAAUAUACAUUUUAAAAUAAUUAUAUUAUUAAUUUGGUUUUUUAAUUUUAGCUCUUGUAUUGACUGGAGUAUACAAGUUCUGUGAUGCUGUAGUGUGUAAUACAUCAUUCCCAAUUCAUAAUGAUCAAGCUUUGAUGUUUAGUAAUUAUCUUUUAUCUCGAAAAUCUGUUCAAACUCCUAAAGGAGCAUAUUUCUUAGUUUAUGCUCUUAAAACAUUGACCAUUAAUCAAGUAUGUUGAUAAAUAAUUGUAUUUUAAUAAUAUUUAAUGGUAAAUUUAUUUUGUGUUUUAUAAGUGUAAUAUUUUUAUAACUUUUUCUAGUAUCACACGCCAAUUUGUGCUACACUAGUCAAACCAAUGGGUGAUUUAGACGAUGUACAAAGAACACUUUCUGUUCGUUUUACUAAUUUACUUGGUGAACCAUUGAUAGCACCUCUUUCUGUUGGUGUUGAAUCUGCAUUAUUGAAUAAUAAAGUUGUUAUGUCUAAAAAUAGGUUUAAAACCACUGCCGAUAAGUAAGUAUUUUUUUUAUAAUAUAUUCUAAAAUGAUAAUUUAUUUAUUAAUCAAGUUGUUUUGUACUUUGUUUUAAGGACUGUAUAUGAAUUAGAGUUUAAUGAACCAGAUUUGUCUACUGGAAUAUAUAGUUUAGUGAUAACUGCUACACCAAUAGAUAAUGUCAAAACUCCAAUUAUAGGCAAUAAUGCUAUUCCUCUUGAAGUAAAAGUAUCGGCCUCUAAAGUAAAUGUUGUUGAUUUUAAAGUUGGAACAACUGAUAAUGAUCAACAGACUGGUGCAACACUCCAAAUGUAUGCAUGCUAAAAUAUUUAUAAAAUAUGUCUUUUUUUUAAAAAAACUUAAUUUUAAUUUCAGAUUAAAAUAUGGUGAAAAAUUAACAACUCAAUUGAAAGCAGACCAUAUGCAAAGAAUCAUAGUACGUUUUACUAUUAAAGAUCAUAAUAAUAAUAAAAAUGUACAAGUGCACCAAGCUUUUGUUAGGUUUACAAAUAAACGGUCUGGUGCUCAAAAUGUAUUUGUUGCUGAAUUGGAUUCACAAAAUAACUACAAGUUAGAUAUGGUAUGUUACUCUAAUUAAAUAUUUGAAUAUUGUAUUAAAUUUGGAAAUUUUACUAUUUAGGAUUUGGGUGUUAAAGCAACAUCAUUUAAACACGCGUCAGAUUUAUAUUCUAUGGAUUUAAUUAUUGGUGACUUUUUGUUGAAAAAAACUAUUGUUUGGCAAUUUUGUGAUAUCAAGUUGAAAUUUCCUGAAACUGCAUUUGUUCCUUCCGUACAAUUCUUUUAUAAGCCAAAAAAAUUAAUUUCCGUACGUAUUAGUUCUUGAAAUUUAUCUAUAAACUCUAUGUACUGUUACUAACAUUAAUGUCAUUUUAGCAUACAUUCAGAGAACCUGAGACUAGACCACAUCAAUUUGUAUCACUUCUAUUUACAGCAUUGUCUCUGUUGCCACUGUUGAUUCUCUUUGUUUUGGUAAAUUAUAAUCGUAGUUGUUAUUUAUUCUACGUGGUUUUUAAAUAAAAAAAUGGUAUUUUUUUUUUCAGUGGGCUCGUUUAGGAGUUAACAUUAAGAACUUCCCAUUCAAUUUAAGUGCUAUAGGGUUCCAUUUGUCAUUAGCUAGUAAGUCAUUUAAAAAGUUGUGUCUUAUUCAUUUUGAUAAUUACAAAUACAUUUUUUUCCUAGGUAUAUUUGCAUUGUUUGGAAUGUUUUGGGUAUACCUAGACAUGUUCAAGACUCUCAAAUAUUUAUCAUUGUUGGGACUUUUAACUUUUCUGUUCGGAAACCGAUUGCUAUCGUACAUUGCAAGAAGGAGAUCUAAGUAA